AUGAUGGGCUUUGUCUCGGAUCGGCAGAUGGUGAAUGGCGCCGGCAAAGGCUCCGCUUUUUCCAGAUUUGUCAGGCAGUUUGUGUACAUGGUCAUGGAGUUGGCGCACACGGACCUGUACCGUGCCAUGAGACAUUCAAGGUUUACCUGGCAAGGAAGAUUGCAAGUCCUCGCAGAUUGUGUUGGAGCACUGUGCUACAUGCGCGGCCUGGACCCCAAGGUGUUCCACUGUGAUAUGAACUCUCAGAACUGCCUGAUCAACGGGGAUGGCAGGGGCAAGGUGCAUUCCAAAGCUGGCACAGCUGGAUACGUCGACCCAGGCUUCUUGGAGACAGGCAUCUAUUCUGCAUCCUGCAACGUCUACUCCGUUGUCAUUCUCUUGCUGGAGAUCUUGACCGGGAAGCCGCCGGCGGUCGUGAACAAGAAGGGGCAGUUGAAAUUCCAGCCUCCAGAAGCUGGGCCCCGCCGUUGA